GUCCACUAUUUCUGGGCAAACAAACCUUGAAAUUGCAUCCAGUCGCUCGCAUGGCUUGAUAUCCGCUGCCAGCCCGGCUAGCCUCCCUCAUUUCGCGGCGGAGGUCCUGGUCCUUCACGCCAAUUCCACUUGCACUCGCUUGCUUCUGCUGCCCGCCAGCCGCUGCCUUUUCUUCUCUCCCCUUCCCUCUUCCCUUGUAUUCUUCUUUCACCCACAGCAGUCAGCCUCGCCUGCAGCCGCGCUGGCCAACCGAGCAAUGCGUUGGCAGGACUGUGCCGUGGUCCGCUGGAUUUGACCAACCGACCGACCGUCCCGUCAUCUCAUUAGGGCCGCGCCUAUUUUUGUCUGGCGCCAGUGAACCACCACCAGGUCGCGGCCAUCCAAGCGACGACUCGUUUAUUAUUACCACGCUGUACGGGCCGCACCCGCCUGUCUGCUGAACCUGAAGAACACGUGUGAUCGCAUUUGCAGCCAUUUCUUGCCUUCGACCUUGGUGCUGUGUUAAUUCAUAAUUCUUUUCUGGCAUCCCGAGCGAUUGUUGAUACCCUGAUACCUCAUUCCGACCGCGACGGCGCAUGUCCCAGCCGCAUAAUCCCGGCCCUGUCUGGUGCGCCCAAGGGCAGACUAGUGUGCAUUCAGCCCAAAUAUCUAGGUAGAGAGGAAGCAGACAGAAAGCAGAGACGGAGGAACAGAAGUACUGCGGCGACCGUCCGCCGACUACCUAACAGCCCAACAUAUAACGCAAAACCUCUCACUUCUCCGUGUUACACCCCUUGUGGGUCGGAAGCGCCAUAACACCUUGACGACGCCCCUUUGUCCGACCCAACCUGUCUCUCCUUGCCCCCGUGUCCUCGGCUGGUCUUGGGACCUAUUGUAAUGGACAGCUUCCGCCCCGGGACCGGAAGCACUGCUGUUGAAGCCAAUUGUGGCAGAUUCCGAAGUCUACCUCCAUGGAUCGCUUCUUAUGAGCAAAAUGGCCCGCCGAUACCAGAAACACAACAGACCAAACCAAGCAGACCACCGCAGACCGUACAAGCCGACCACAACAAUGCGCCCGCACCACCGCAGCGGAGGGUCUCUAGGGACGGGUUCGUGGCAUGGGACGAGGCCGAACCGACUAUGCCCUUGAAGAAGAAACACCUCGCGAUGAAAAGGAGAAGGCAGACCCAACGAGGAAAGAAGUGGGAUCAUCUGCGGAAUGCCGAGCCUGUGAUCAUCCCGAACCACAUGAUGCGAUAUGCGGACUCGACCUCACCAUGGACCGGCUUUGUCCAGGCCUCCAAAUACGGCCGAGUUCCCGGUGAGAGGUCAGAGCACGUCGAACCGGAGAAGCUCGAGGAACUGAUGCCCGGGUUCAACGACGUCCGUGUGCCACGCAUAACCGACACCUUGGAACAGCAGCGCAUACGGAGGAGCAGGAGGCAGGCACUGCACGAGCAGGUAUGGCGGCUGCUUCUGAACAACCCGCUCGUGCCUGCUCUGCUGCGGCUGUUUGUCCUGGUGACAUCAGCCAUCUCACUGGCCUUUUCCGGCAACCUCUGGCUGCUGUACAGUGACAGGGCGGGAGGGCUUCAGUCAACUCUCCGCUCUCAGUGGAUAGUGGCCAUUGUGGUGGAUUGUAUUGUCAUGCCAUAUGUGUGUUAUAUGACAUGGGACGAGUACAGAGGCCUGCAACUGGGGCUGAGAUCGCCCAUGCAGAAGGUGUCGCUGACUUUGAUGGACCUGUUCUUCAUCAUAUUCAAGUCUGCAAGCACCACGCUGGCUUUUGACUCUCUGAACAUCAACAAUAGCCCGAGGGAUCAGAAUGUCAAGAUGAAGGCUCUGGCUUCCUUCCUGCUUCUGGGCCUGUUCGGAUGGAUACUGAAUUUCACAGUAAAUGUGUUCAGGUUGGUCCGGAGGCUUGGGGGGGAAGACGACCGGAGACCACUCUCAUAGUGUACAGUACUUCAAAAUGCAACAAACAACUUUUCCAUGCUUA